UUAAUUCUUCGUAAUGAAUACCUUCGACUGGAACAUGACGCGGUGACAUUUUCCACCCUGCCGCGCAAACCAAAUUUCCACUCGCAGGUAUUCAUUUGAGUUGCACUUUGUUGUUUCCUUUAAUUCGCUCUUAACAAACGAUUUCUAAGUGGCACCGACUUGCACACAAAAGCGUAUGGAUUCUAAAAUGAUCGAUAAAUCCGUGAGAUACAGAAAUCGCGAACCCCGAUUUUGUUUUUUGUUGUUUACCUGUUCUCACAAAUGAACUUCCUCAGGCUGAUUACAACUGAGGUGUACGUGUUUGGAAGUUGAUGUGACAAGAGCGCAAAACCCAUAAAGGCAUUAUAAUAUUACCAUGCGUCAAAUUUACGACUUGUGAGAAAUUUAAAGAAUUUACUACAAAACCUUUGAUAAAUAAUUGAAAAUAUCUUCAAACUAAAAGCGACAUCUCCGAUGUGACAGAUGAUGAAUGUAAUACUAUUAAGUUUUUCAUUUUUAUGUUGUUUUGUAUGCUAGACAUGAAAUUGUACAAUUAAUCGAAUCGUAGCAGCCAGUGUAAUCGUUUUUGUCGUCGAAAUUAUGACCAGAAGAAGAAAGAAAGGCAAAUCAUGAGAGUAGUAUAUGAUCUAAUGUUGAUACUUUUUGCGCUUCAAUGUUUUGUAAAAGUGCAUCAAGUCGAUUUUAAUUUUUAAUUUUAACAUAAUAUCUAUCGUUAUAUUCUAACCGUAUAAGUGAUUUUGGCAGACGAAGUUAAUCGCGAAAAUCGCCCAAUAUUUGCAUUCUAACUUUCUCGGUUGUCCGCCGUGCGCCGUUUUGUUCUGCAUGCAAUUGAUGCAAAGGAAAAAUUCUAGAGCAAUCUAUGAUUAAUUUGAUGCCGAAUACAAAGAAUGUUUACAAGAGCACGUUUUUAUUCUUACAGUAGCUUGUCUAUUCAUUAUCAAACAAGUUGAUUCAUUGUAUCAUUCUUUAUAUUUUUGUUAGUUAAGUGUAAGUGCUUGGAUUUGACACAUUUAAAACAAUUGAAAAUAAAAGAGUAUUUUGAAGAUAAAAAUUACAAAAGAAUAAACAAAUGAGAAAUGUUUUAAAUGAAAGUAAAUAGAGCGUUAGUUUAAAGAUAACGGAAUUAUAUUUUUCAAAUUCCUUCCUUUCCCUGUGGGAGCAGGAAGAAAACUAUGCUUCAUGUGUAUGUUCAUAGUACAUAUCAAACACAUUAACCGUGUAUAACGGGGUAGGUACUUCAUCCAUUCGCAUUGCUAGCGACUUCAAGUUGUGACAUUUGAAGGAUUGAGUAAAAACCCGCGAAAAUUAACUUUUGAGGUUUCAUCAACUAAUUUAAAAUGAGUGAGUGUUCUCCAGAAGUUUUCCAGCCACGGAGGAGUUUGAGACCGAGGAAAAGCACGGCAAAAGCUUUGGAUUUUGAUGCAUUUAGUUCAUACAGAUCACCCAAAAAAUCCUGCAGACCAGCCUAUUCGGAAACAUCUGAAGAUUCUGAUGAUGAUUCAUGUGAUAAUAUUCAACAGACUGAUACAGUUUCCACAAAUUCUGCAAUUGCUGGCAAAGAUAUCUACAGUUUCAACAAAGUGAAGAAACAUGAGCGCUUAUUGUCAACGCCACAAAAAGGAAGUAGAGACAAACCACUUUUACCAAAAACUCCUUACCAAUUUCGUCAAAAAUUGGGAAAAGGAAUUAAAUCUUCAAUGAGAAAUCUAUCCAGUGAUGAGGAACCGUUUGCUGAAAGCGCUAGUGACUAUUCUCCUUCAAAUUCAUCCUCUUCAGACCCAGAUGAAGAAGAAGAUGAAGUUAAUAUUACUCAAAGUGAUUCUGAUGAAAGUGAGCAUGAACAACCGAAAUCUCAAGCAAGAUAUGAAACCAGGAAAUCCAUCAAUACAAAAAUCAAAUCAACAGCAAACACAAAAUCCGCACAUAAUUACAUCAUUAAAACAGAGGAAUACUUUUCACAUUCCAAUAACAAAGUAGUAACAUCAAAUCAUACAUUAGACAAGUUGAAAACACCAAGACUCAAUCAAGAUCAGCUGCAAAAGCUGCUUUCUCACAUGAAACUCUCAAAAGUUCACCAGAAAGCUGUUGUUAAAACAACUGAAAACAGCAAAGAGAACUUUAGCAAAUGGUUAUGCUUAUUGCAUGAAAAUUUUAACAUAUUACUCUAUGGACUAGGCUCCAAAAAGAAAUUGCUUAACGAUUUCCACACUGAAGUUCUAUGCGAUCAUCCAGUUAUUGUUAUAAACGGUUUUUUCCCAAGUUUAACAUUGAAAGACAUUUUGGAUGCUAUUGCUAUUGAUCUUAUGGGUUUAAACGAAAAUUCUGCGAACGUGUACGACACCGUUGAUGCCAUCUCUCGGGAAAUUCAGUACAUGGACACACAUAUUUAUAUCAUCGUACAUAAUAUCGAGGGAGACAUGUUGAGGAACCACAAGAGUCAAAAUGUGCUUAGCAGACUUAGUGCUAUUCCCAAAGUACAUUUGAUUGCUUCGAUUGAUCACAUCAAUGCUCCUUUAAUUUGGGAUCAUAAUAAAUUAAGUCAGUUUAACUUCGCAUGGUUUGAUGUGACUUCCUUCUUGCCGUACAUGGAUGAAACAUCUUUUGAAAGUUCCAUGAUGGUUCAACGCACUGGAAACUUAGCUUUAUCUUCAUUGCGUAACGUGUUUUUAUCAUUAACAUCAAAUUCAAAGGGCAUCUACAUGAUUAUUAUAAAAUAUCAGUUGGAACACAACACCAAUCAGUAUUAUCAAGGUUUAUUGUUCAAAGAUUUGUAUGCAGCUUGUCGUGAAGCUUUUCUGGUCAGCUCAGAUUUGGCGUUGCGCGCGCAGUUAACUGAAUUUGUUGAUCACAAAAUGGUCAGGUUGAAGCGGUCGGCGGAUGGAGCUGAGUACUUAGUUAUUUCGAUCGCAAACAAUUUGUUGCAACAGUUUUUGAGUGAACAGGGCCAGUAAAUUUUGUUUUAAAAUAAAAACUAAUUUU